GUUUAGGACAAGAGAAGAGGCUUUUAUUCCAAAGAAGAUGUGGCUGAUCAUGAAGGUUUUCCUCUUGCAAAUUUUAGCAUUUCUACUUUUUGGUGGUGGCAUCCAUUGCCAAGCUUCAACUCGUCGGCUUACUUUUGUGGUGAAGGAAGCUUCAUAUACAAGGCUUUGUAGCACCAAGAACAUCUUAACAGUAAAUGGACAAUUUCCGGGACCAACUAUAUAUGCUAAGAAAGGAGAGACGAUCAUUGUUGACGUUUAUAACAGGGGAAAAAAAAUAUCACCAUUCACUGGCAUGGGGUGAACAUGCCUAGAUAUCCAUGGACAGAUGGUCCCGAGUAUAUCACACAAUGCCCAAUUCAACCAAGGUCAAAGUUUAGCCAAAAGAUCAUCCUUUCCUCCGAGGAAGGCACUCUAUGGUGGCAUGCUCACAGUGAU